GAAUUGUUGUUCUCAAAUUAUAGUUGCAAUACUAGUUUGUAUACAGAGGCGGAGCUCAGUAGCGACUGGGCCGCGGCCAAAAAUAAAAAAGAUAAAAAAAAUUUAUAGAUAAAAUAACUAAACCCCUUCAUUAAAAUUAAGAAAUUAAAAUUAUACCUUAAAACUAAAUCUCUUUGGUGAUCGACGCCAAAGGGGUAGUUGCCGGCACCGGCGGAAGUGAUUCUUAAAAAGCACGGGAAUUACUUCAAUUUGAAACCGACUCGCCACGGAAACUGAAAUACUCUCGUUAAUCGGAACAUACAGAACCUCCGGCCGCUUUACUCUCUCCUCUCAACGCAACGCCACCGCACUACCACCUAUCAAUGGCUUCUGAUUCAAGGAAACGCUCAUUGGAGGCUUUGGAGAGAAGGCUUAAAACUGAACAUAUCUUAGAAGAUAAGAAAACCAAAAAGGCUGCUAUUAUAAAUGAAGAUAGGAAGAAUUCAUCCAUUCUUGCACCUUCUACUUCUACUCAUUCUUCCUCACAUUUAUCAUCAGAUACACCCAAGAAAGGGAAUUUCAGUCUUUUUGGCCGUUCCAUUUCACAAGACAAUGAAGAUGGUCCAGAAUAUGCCCAACUUUCUGUGACUGUAAAUGAAAAUCUGCUCACAACUAAUGAGGAGUUUUCCGCUGAAAGAGGAGGUUCGGUUUCUGUAAUAUUGCAUGAACUUCUUCAGAAAGGAGAUGCAGCCCAAAAGUACAUGCAAGGAUCUAGAAACCUGAAAAUUGACAAUUGGAUCCUUCUUGAUAAUUAUGUACAAGGACGUGCACUUUCUUCAUCUUCUCAAGCUAGGGCUUUGCGGAUUCAUUCAAAACGCUCUAAGAAGCACAUGUCCAUGAAACAACAUAAAAAACAUGGAUCGUUAGAUCUUCCUCAAGAGUUCCAUAAAUUUGAUAUUUUCAAGCCAAUGCAUGAAAUGUGGAAAGGCUAUAUAACGCUGCUGCUUAAAUCCACUGGGAAAAAUCAAUUGGCCCAAUGUCUCCUUGGUGCAGAUCUACAUGGUGCUAUUAUAUUAGUUGUGGAGUGUAAACAAACCCAUUUUACUGGAAUUGGUGGCAUCAUGAUUCGUGAAACUGCCGAAGCUUUUGGGAUAAUUACCGAAGAUAAUAAAUAUCGGGUUGUUCCAAAGAAGGGUUCUGUAUUUUAUUCCAAGUUGAUUGCUGGAAAAUUACUCUGCAUGGAGAUAAACUCGACUCAAGAAAGGUUGGAUUAUGAUAUUAGUGAUAAUCCUUCAAUUGUAGGUUACAUCUUUGUUUCACGGGAGGCAUUUUCUAUCAGACAGACAUUAGUUUUUUAUGAUGGUAUUUCAUCUUGUUAUUGUCCUCUUCUGGUUUCUAUAUAAUUUCAUUAUUCUAAGAAUUUUAUGAUGAUUAUUCCACAGUUAAAAUGAAGAGAAUAUUCAUGUAAUGCUUGUGCAUUUGAUAGCCUUUUAAGUUGUUUAUGGGAGAAAGGUGGAAAUGUUUCAAUGCUGAAUUACAUUAGCCAUUGCCACAAAUGUAAGCAAUAAUGUUUAAGAGGUGUCGGUUUAGUGGUAA